AUGGAGAUCCCAAAAUCCGGCGGCAAGCGGACGAGCCAAGGGCGGCAGAAGAUCGCGAUCGCGAAAAUCGAGGACAAGAACCGCCGCCAGGUCACCUUCUCCAAGCGGCGGCCGGGAAUCUUCCGCAAGGCGAGCGAGCUCUGCGUCCUCACCGGCGCCGAGGUCGCCGUCGUCGUCCACUCCGAGGGGAAGCGCGUCUUCACAUUCGGCCACCCCGCAGCCGACUCCGUCAUCGACCGAUUCCUCUCCGGCGGCGGCGCCGCCGACGCCGGAGAGUCCCGCCCGCCGCGCGAAAUGGAGGCGCGGUACGCGGGCCUGUGCGCGGAGCUCGAGGCUGAGAGGCGGCGGCAGGAGGCGAUCGGGGCUGAGGCGGCAGCGGGGGGCGGCGAGUUCUGGUGGGACGCGGCGGUGGACGGGAUGGGGGUGGAGGAUAUGGAGCAGUACGCGGCGGCGCUGGAGGAGCUGACGAGGAAGGCCGCGGCGAGGGCAGACGAUCUCAUGAACGCGCGCGUGGCGGCCGGCGGGGGAGCCGCCGUCGGGGAUGCGGCGGAUCUGGCGGGCAGGGGGCAGUGGGGCGGCGGGUUUGGGAGCGAGGACGGCGUUUACCCGUACGGUUUUGGGCAGGGGCAGAUAGAUUGA